AUGGCAGCCAAGACGUUCACAGCAGACGAGCUCGAGACCCUCUACUCCAUCUUCGACACGGUCAUCCCUGGCGUGUCGGUGGAGGACCUCCACAAGCUCAACCCGCACCUCAAGGACGAUGUCGACGCCGAGACCGUUGCGGCCUUUGCGGCAGAGGUCCCCAGCCAGAACGCACAGUACAGGGACUGCGUUGAGAACUUUCUCCCCCGACACAUCAACGAUGGCAAGUUUGCCGAGCUCAAGCAGGUCCUCUCGUUGCUGCGCUCGCGCGUCGCCAUGCUCGUCCUGACACAGAGCACUGUCCUGUUCCACCAGCGCACAGUGGAACAGCGUGAGGCACUCCUUCUCUCGUGGAAGGCCUCGCGCAUCGCCACUCUCCGCCGCAUCUACGACUCGAUGGCCAAGCUCGGCAACAGCGUCUACAUGCGCAGCUCUGAUCUCGGCCACAAGGCCAUGUGCUACCAGCCCACCCCGACUGAGUCGCUUGCCAGCGGCCACUACCCAUUCAAGUUCUCCACUACGAACGACCUCGACAAUGUGGUCCUCGACGCCAUCAUCGUCGGCUCGGGCUCGGGUGGCGGUGUCGUUGCCAAGAUGCUCGCCGAAGCUGGCCUCAAGGUCCUCGUCAUCGAGAAGGGUCAGCACUUUGACCUUGCGGGCCCUGCGUUCACCGAGGCGCAAUCACUUGACAAGAUGUACGACGCCGCUGCCGUCGUCACCAACGACUACGGAGACGUGGCUCUCGUCUCGGGCAAGACCUUUGGCGGUGGAAGCGCAGUCAACUGGGCCGCUAGCCUGCAGCCGCCAGCAUCUGUGAGGAGGGACUGGGCGACCACGUAUGGUCUCCCUUACUUCCAGACGACCGAGUUCCAGAGCGACCUCGACGCCGUCUUUGAGCAGAUGGGUGUCUCGCAGCCCACCUCCCAGAACGUGGCCAACUCGCUCCUCCUCGAGGGUGCCCGUCGUCUCGGCUUCCAGCACGCAGCUGUUCCCCAGAACAAUGGCAACGGUGUGCACCUCUGCAACCAUGACUGCGCCAACGGCUGCCGUUCCGGCGGCAAGAAGGGUGGUGUACACUCAUGGCUCGUUGACGCUGCCAAGGCUGGAGCCUACUUUAUGGAGGACGCCAGUGUGCGUUCCAUCAUCUUCGGCCCAAAGCACCAGGCCACGGGUGUCAUCCUGCGCUUCUCGGACGGACGCGAGGCCACGCUCAUGGCUCCCCGCAUCGUCGUUGCUGGUGGCUCGAUCGAGUCCCCCGCCCUCCUUCUGCGCUCCAAGGUGCCCAACAACCGUGUCGGCCAGUCAAUCUACCUCCACCCCACCAACUACCUCUACGCCGUCAUGCCGCAGCGCACAUUCCCGACCGACGGCCAGAUCCUCACCUCGGUCGUGGGCGAGUAUGCCAACCUUACACCGUCGGGCCACGGCGUGCGCAUCGAGACGGGCAUUAUGCAGCCCGGUAUCGGCAUGUCGCUCCUGCAGUGGAUGGGUGGUGCCGAGCACAAGGCCCGUCUCACCAAGCACUCGCACAUGGCUGGCCUGAUUGCCAUCUGCCGUGACCGCAACAGCGGCAAGGUCAGGCUCGACGCCAACGGCGAGGCCAUCGUCGACUACACCGUCUCGCCGUUCGACUCGCGCUCCAUCGUGACCGGCACCAUCGCCGGUGCCGAGUGCAUGAAGGAGAUGGGCGCCGAGGAGAUCAUCGUCGCUGCCCGCGGUGUGCCCAGCUGGAAGAAGGGCGAGGACUUUGACGCCUGGAAGCGCAUCGUCAACGCAACCCCUCCCGGCGGCUACGGCUCUGCCCACCAGAUGGCCUCGAACCGCAUGGCCGCGACGGCCAGCCAGGGCGCGUGUGAUCCCAACGGCGCGCUGUACGGCGUCCAGGGCGUGUGGGUCGCCGACGCCUCCGUCCUCCCCUCCGCUUCGGGCGUCAACCCCAUGAUCUCGACCAUGGCCGUCGCGCGCAAGGUCGGCCGCAGCAUCCUCGAGGAUGCCCAGCCCGCCAAGGCCAAGCUUUAG